UUCGUUAAAUUUUUUUGAGCUGGUCACUGCCUUUUUAUACUGUCAAAAAACCAUUCUAAUUUCCGGUCUUUUUACUCCUCCGUGGCAUGGCGGAUGGUCUUUACCGCCGCCUAUAGUGUUUUUUGGAGGAAUAACUUCGCUAAAAUAGCGAAAUGAGUCUAUCAGUCGCCCGACCUCUCGUGUCGGUUUACACGGAGAAGAGCGAGGCAGUCGCUGGCGCCUCCCUCCCUCUCCCGUUCGUCUUCAAGGCCCCCAUCAGGCCUGAUCUCGUCAACGAUGUACAUGUCUCCAUGUCCAAGAAUGCUAGACAGCCCUACUCUGUCAGCAAGGAGGCCGGUCACCAAACCAGUGCCGAGUCCUGGGGUACCGGUCGUGCCGUAGCGCGUAUCCCUCGUGUACGUGGUGGUGGUACCCACAGGUCCGGUCAGGGUGCCUUCGGUAACAUGUGCCGUGGAGGACGCAUGUUCGCGCCCACCAAGCCAUGGCGCCGCUGGCAUCGUCGCGUCAAUCUGCGUCAGAGGCGCGCCGCUGUCGCCGCUGCCGUCGCCGCUAGCGGCGUGCCCGCUCUUGUGCAGGCUAGAGGUCACAUCAUCGAGAAAGUACCCGAGCUGCCCCUCGUGGUCUCCGACAAGGUCCAGGAGAUCAACAAGACCAAACAGGCAGUCAUCUUCCUGAGACGCAUCAAGGCCUGGUCUGAUGUGCUCAAGGUGUACAAAUCUCAGCGCCUUCGCGCCGGUAAGGGUAAGAUGCGCAACCGUCGUCGCGUGCAGCGCAAGGGACCUCUCAUCAUCUACCAUAAGGACCAGGGCCUGACCCGCGCCUUCCGCAACAUUCCCGGCGUCGAGAUGCUGAAUGUGGACAAGUUGAACCUCCUCAAGCUGGCGCCCGGUGGCCAUCUCGGCCGCUUCUGCAUCUGGACCCAGUCUGCCUUCGAUAGGCUUGAUUCCCUGUUCGGUUCCUGGAAGACGCCCUCGAAGGAGAAGAAGAACUUCAACCUCCCUCAGCCUAAGAUGGCCAACACCGACCUCAGCCGUCUGCUCAAGUCUGAUGAGAUCAGGAAGGUGCUGCGCGCGCCCAACAAGCGUGUAGUCAGAGCGACCAGGAAGUUGAACCCGUUGAACAACACCAAGGCUAUGCUGAGGUUGAACCCGUACUCGGCUGUGCUGAGGAGGAAGGCCGUUCUUGACCAGGAUAGGAGGAAUAAUGCUAAGGCUUUAGCUUUGGCUGAGAAGCGUGGUAUUAAGCUGCCCGAAUCCGACCCAGCCGUCAAGGCCGAAAAGCUCCGCCUAAGAAGAGUCAAGGCCGCUAAAGCCGCAGCUGCCAAGAAACCCAAGAAGCCGGUAGCCAAGAAAACCGCACCCCCUCCCCCCAAGAAGGCGAAAGGCGUCAAGAAACCAACCCCAAAGAAGGUUUCCAAGCCUGUCGCUAAGUGAAGGAGUUAAUAAAUUUAUAUAUUGACACACAA